CAAGUGGUUACGGGUGGGUGAUGAAUGGGUGAAAAAGGAAAAAACAGGGAGUGUGCGAUUACGUGGAACCACGGAUCUGGUUGAUUUCCUUGGAAGAAUCAAGAUGCCCCCACCGUCGCCGCCGCCUGCAACCCGAUUCCCAAUCUCCGCCUCCGCCUCUGCUUCUUCCGCUGCCGAUCGCUUCCUCUCCGCCUUCACCACUCCCAUGGAAGACGUGCCUCGCCGUUCCGCCCAAUCUACAUCGCCCUCUUCCUCUUCCCCUAACCACCUACUGUCAUCCGACCCAUCCGCCGCCGCCACCUCUUCAGCCCUAACAACCACCAACCCGACCGUCACAGACUCCGCAAUCUCCACCCGCCCCCGAAAGGCCCGAAGGGUUUCCUCCGACGACGCUUCCAGGAAAACACCCUCUUCCGCUCCCCGCCUCCCCAUCCGCGUCAUCCCCCGUCCGCUCUCCGCCGACGGCGAAAUCGACGUUGCCUUCCGCCACCUACGCGCAGCUGACCACCACCUCGCCCCCGUCAUCGACUCGCAUGAGCCUCCCUCCCUCCAGUGUCUCCAUCCGCCCUUCCACGCCCUCACACGCAGCAUCCUCUACCAGCAGCUCGCCUUCAAGGCCGGAUCGUCCGUGUAUACCCGCUUUCUGUCCCUUUGUGGCGGUGAGGAAAGCGUUGUCCCUGAGGCUGUCCUCGCCCUCACCCCGCAUCAACUGCGCCAGAUCGGUGUCUCCGCCCGCAAGGCCUCCUACCUCCACGACCUCGCGCGAAAGUACCACAGUGGCAUCCUUUCCGACGCUGCCAUUGUAUCCAUGGAUGACAAGUCUCUCUUCACCAUGCUCACCAUGGUCAAGGGCAUUGGCGCCUGGUCCGUUCACAUGUUCAUGAUCUUCUCACUCCACCGGCCGGAUGUCCUUCCUGUCGGAGACCUUGGUGUUCGAAAGGGAGUGCAGAUGCUUUAUGGUCUCGAGGAGGUUCCACGCCCUUCGCAAAUGGAGCAGCUUUGUGAGCACUGGAGACCGUAUCGCUCUGUUGGGUCUUGGUACAUGUGGCGCCUUGUGGAGGCGAAGGGCACACCCACUCUGGCUUCAUCAAGUGCUGAAGGUGGAACACUUGAUAUGGCUGACAUGGGAGGUGGAACGAUGCAGCAACCACAGCUAAUUGAUCCAGUUCAGAUGCUUCCUGGUCUUGGAUGAAAACUGGAACAAUUGAGGAAAGAAAGAGCAUAGGGAAAAGAAUCCAGGAGAGAGAAAUGAUUCCCUAGUUUGUCUUUUCUUGGGAGGAAAAAAAGAAGGUAAGUUUCCAUUCUAAGCCUUGUUUAUGUUGUUGUUGGUUCACAAGGCUUGCUCGGAGUAGCACUACAUUUGCAAAACUUCUACGAGAUAGGGUUACAUUAGGGGAACCUGUGAGGCAUAUGCGAGCUGGAGGUUGUCUGUGAGAUCGUCCGUGAGCUUGGGUUUCAUUAGAGGCUUCCUCAAUGCUUCUUUUGUGAGGUCUUCCACGAUGUCUUCCCUCAUUUCUUCUUCAUCUGUCAUUGAUUCCUCCUACGGAUCAGUGCUGACCAACAUCAUCUUAGAAUGCUAUCUGUACCAACAGCGCAUAUUGUUUCAGUUGGAGACUGAAAUAUGAAAUUUCAGACCUUGACUACAUAAAGUUUAAUGCAAAAUAAGAUUCAUAUAGCAAACCCCAAAUAGUCGAGACUAAUGACAAUGACGAUAUGUAUCUAGUAGUAGUUGAAUGAAUAAGUACAUAGAGUUGUGGGGUCAAAGCUCCAUAUCUCUAACUUCCUGGGUCAAUACACCUAUCAAGCUAAUACAUAUCAAAUGUUGGUGGUUUAUUUAUCUGAAUAUGCGGGACAAUAAGGCCAUAUCUACAAAUGUUGAUGCUUGACUAGACUUGACAGGAAUCGGCUUCUUAUUACUUGGAUCCACUUUGAGUUUUAUUUGCAUAACAUUGAUUUAGUUUUUUUUUUCUAGAGCAUUUUAGCCUAUGUAAAUAACACUAGCUGACCUGAGGCUAAUUAUGUUAUAGCAGCAACACCUUUUGACUAUGUUCAGCACAAUCUUUCUCUUCUAGAGUUCUAACCAAUUACUUGACCAUUUGUAGAAAUUUUGUUGUAGUCAUAAAAUGGUUAUUUGCAUUACCAUGCAACAUUUACCUAAUUCAACCCACUCUGCUAUCACUCUUGAAAUUAAGACACAUAAUCUGGGGACGGAUUGUGAGAGGCGCCUGGGUGACUCAACUUUUGCUACAAUUGAAAUUAAGACACAUAAAUGAGGUAACAUUGUCUGCUACCUAUGGACCAGGUUCUGCUGCAUGUACCUGCAGUGAUACUCUGACUAGAUUUCAUGUAUCGGUUCUUGGACCCACAAUCCUAUGCCAAUGACAGAGCUUCACCCUUCUAUGUACCAAUUGUAGGUUGAUGACAUUUCAAAGGUUGUUAAAUUGCCACAUUUUGAAGUAAGAUUACAGGCAAGGAAACAAUUUGAGCAAUUGCAAGAUUGAAGUCGCAAAACCGAAAUCCUAGGAUUCAACCACAUUUUUUGAAUUUAGCUUCUGCAGGUUCCAAUGUCAGAAAUUUAUAGGUUAACAUUGGACCAUUUUAUGAUCCCAUGGCACUUAGUUUUGGUUUUGGAGAAGAGGCAAUGAAUUAAUUAAUUGAUUACGUGGAAACAGUUAACUAAGUUGAUCUGAUUCACUAAUGUUUUUGUUUGUUCUUCCAUUGUUUUAUUUCUUUCCAAAACAAGCCUAAUUCAUCCUCAUGAAAAAUAUUUUAGUGAGCAUUAUAAGAUAAAUUACCUGUUAAAUAUCAUCACAUUGCUUGUUUCAGCUUUCUGGAUGUUAAUCAGUUGCUAAAAUUCGAAGAGGUUGAUAAAAAGUUUCAUUUAUGUGUUCAUUCAACUAUUAAUUUUAGUUCUACUAGUUUGCUUGAUGAUCUUUGUUAUCAUUUUUGCUGAAUAUUUCUUAAACUCUAAUGAAAUCCACAAGAUGUGACUUGGACAACCGUUUAGAUUUCUAUCACAUAACUUGCAUUUAUUUGAGACGUUUUGACAUAUUGACUAUAAGCAAAAAAAUUCCAUCUGGGUAAACAUUUUUUCUUUAAUUGAUCCGAUCCACACUAGUCGCAUGCAUCUGUCUUCCAAGAGAAGAAUCACAAGAAUCUUGCACUAACUCGAUAUGAUCCAUAUUACUUGCUUGCAUGCGUCUUCAAAGAGAAGAAUCUCUUUCCUGGUGACUCUACUGAACAUCUCUAGUAAGAGAGACAAGUGUUGUUUUCUGUUUUGAGAAUUAGCUUCUCUCGGCAAUAAUGAUGCUUGGAGUUGGCCAAGGUUAUGCCACCAUCAUUGAGUUUAACCUCACUGGAGUUGUGCAUUAAGGCAGGAUAUCUGUAGAUUUAGAUGAGUACAUUAAUAUUUAUUUCGAGCUUAAUAAAUUUGAAUAAUUCAGUGUUCCUAUCAUAUAGGUACACUGGCCGAGUUUAGUGGUUGAGAUCUGUUUCAGAACUGGUAGGUUCCUAGCUUUUGUGUCAGCUUUGAAGUGAUGUUCGAGUGGAACUAUCAUGUUGCCUCUGGCACCGAUGUUAUGCAUGCACUAUGAAGAUAUCCAGGGGUUGGUUCUUUUAGAUUAUCAUAUGUUUAUUUGAAAACAUGAGAUUCAAUAGAUAGUUGACGGUCCAUAUCGAUGCUAAGUAUGGCUGCUUAACUAUCCAAAUGAAUAGUAAUCACCUGUAAGCAAUUUGGUUUGUAAUGUGAACUGUGACUUUGACUUU